UUGGUUCACUAAUGCCUUCACUACUGAGUAUUAGUUAUUGCAGUUGAGGUCAAAUGGGACCUAAACAUAAAUUCUUCAGUCAGCAUCCAGAUCUCCAAUAAAUACAAUACAUUUUUGUGUCUGGGACAGAAACACUUACAGCAGUCAGCAGUAAUGUUCCCGAGCUUUACAGUGAGAGAAUCAAAAGCUUUGCACAUAGAUGUGCAACAGGGGCCAUGUUGUCCCCCACAAAAUUUUAAUGGUCGGAAAUGUUAAUAAUCUGCGCAUGGGGCUCUGGCCUUUGAUCUGUUGACGAAACUGAUCCAGCACUUAUGAGUGACUGGCUAAUGGCAUUCCUCACACUUGCUCUAUCAUUGGCUAGAGGGAGAAUGAAAGCGUACAGCAGCUCUCGGGGACUCCCAAAUGGUCAAGUGCCUUUAACGUCCCUGCUUCCUGUCGUAUUCCUCCAGCCCUCAUCCCAGCUUUACCACCAGCCCCUUUGAGCACCCUUUUCUAUCCAUACUUUUUUUAGACUUUUAAAGGGUCUGGCAGAAGCUCAGUGAGAGGGCGCGAGUGGGCUAACUUUCAUUACCGCUGCUUAUCCUAGAUUCACUGGAGGCCGAUUCAGAACAACACGGCUGCACGGAAAGAUAGGAUCCCAUUCGGGAUUCACUGCAGAAAAACCUGCAACUUUUCGGAAGCGCCUCGUUGGAUUUUUUUUUUUUUUUUUUUUUUUUUCUGUGGGUAGAAAGUUGUUUCUACCAUGAAGCAAACUUGGGACAAGGGUGUUUUUGAGAACGGCCAGUUAAAAGAUCCAGGGAAUGUUGGGAAAGCUUCCGUUGAACACCUCCAGAGUACCUCAGGAGAAAAGCUUGAUAAUAAGUCUGCUCCUCUGGGUGGUGCUCAUGGUGGAGUGGGUCAGAACCUGCUGCUGAGUCCUGCCAGUCUUCAGCUGGCUCAGCUUCAGGCCCAGCUCACCCUUCACCGCCUCAAACUCGCCCAGACCACUAAUACUGCAGCCGCAGCCACUGUCCUAAAUCAGGUCCUUUCCAAUGUGGCCAUGUCCCAGCCUCUCUUCAACCAUCUUCGGGGUUCAAGUAUGGCCCAGACCCACAGCGGGGCCUUUCCGCCUCCACCCAUAGCCUUCCCACCCCCAAAUACUGCCCUAGGACAACUGGUUGGUGGUGGCUUUACCCCAAAUCCCACUGGGAUCAGGCCCACCGCCUACAGUGGGGUGUCCAACCAAAAAGCUAGUCAGCACAAUGAUUUCGGCAAAAAGGCUGGAACAUAUUCGACAGACACGGACCGUCGCUUGCAAUUUGGAUAUCUAGGAGGUACUUCAGUGGUCACUAGCAAACCAUGUGAUGGAGGACAGUAUGGUGGAGUCACUACACAACCCAGAAACAAUGUCCACAGCAAUUUUCAGAGAGACUUCUACUCCUCAGAAACCCCAGUACAACAAACUGGUUUCAUGGGAGGAAGCAAUGAUCAGAAUCUGGGAUCUGUUUCUUCAUCAGCCAAUAAGGAGCAAUGGAAAGGUCCGAUCAACUUAGGGAAGAUGGAUAUGGGUACAGGAACAGGUUCUGGUGGUUGGGUACCACCCGGACCAGGGUUUGUAGGUCAGAGGGCAGAGUUGUAUAACCCUGAGGAACCCACAGCAGAUCCUAAGUUCAACUCUACAUGUGGCCCAGGGACUGGCCCACCCAUCGGGCAGCAAGGGGGAUUUCAACAACAGCCACAGGUUUCCCAGGGGGAAGAAGGGGUGACCUUGUCAUUACAACCCCACCAGUUCAACGACUAUCAUGGGACGACACCUUCACACCUACCCCAUCAGUGCACCAUUUGUGAGAAGAAGGUUUACAACUUGAAGGACUGGGACCAGCAUGUGAAGGGCAAGUUACAUCUGCAGAACUGUUCGUUAUACACUGAAAGCCCGACGCUCGGAGCAGUGCACUUUCCAGUGUCGUCUGAAGGAUGUCUGAACAUGGCAUUGAGUAACACUAUGGCAUACACAUCAGCUGCCAGUCAAGAUGUUUCAACUGGAAGUGCUUCAUAUUUGCCUGCCACAGCCAUGAAGUCAUUUCCUCUCUCAGGGCCGGGAUUUACUUCAGGGGCAAAGUUUCUUCAGCGUAAGGCAUGUCCGGGGCGUGUCGUCCAUAUCUGUAACCUCCCAGAGGGCAGCUGCACGGAGAAUGAUGUCAUCAACUUGGGGCUGCCCUUCGGCAAAGUGACCAACUACAUCCUCAUGCGCUCGACGCAUCAGGCUUUUCUUGAAAUGGCAUACGUGGAGGCGGCUCAGGCUAUGGUGCAGUACUACCAGCUGCAGCCGGCCACAAUCAACGGACAGAAACUCCUGAUCCGCAUGUCUAAGAGAUACAAGGAGCUGCAGUUGAAGAAACCAGGUAAAGAUGUUGAUUCUAUAAUCCAAGACAUCAAUUCUCAGAGAGAGCGAGAUGAGAUGCAGGAGACUGACAGGUACCUACCAGAACGUGCAAGAUCUCGUAGCCCUGUCAGUCGUUCUCUGAGUCCGCGCUCCCACAGUCCGAGCUUCACUUCAUGUAGUUCUGCUCACAGUCCACUGGGGCCGUCCUGUCGGCCUGACUGGAGCAACGGCAUGGGGCCCCGCCGGGCCUCUUGGGACUGGACAUCCCAUUCCCGUGGCGACGAGGACCCCAGUGAGAGAGACGAUUGGAGGAAUGAUGAAGAGGAGAGAGCCAACGGGUGGCUGUCCGAGCGCAGGAAAUUGUACUUUAAAACCGGGGACCGGAUCAGCCCUCGUAUGGGGCCCGGGGACGAGCGGGGCAGGGACUGGUACCCCCGCGGAAGUCCUCAGGGUUCCUCCUUCUCCUCCUACCACUCUAUAGAUGACUUUUACAAGAAAGACUCACUUUACAAGACUGAUAAACUGAGCAGGCCGCAACAUCCGAGACAUGAAGGGAAAACUAAGAGAAGGGAAGGUGGCGACUAUCACAGGCCUCGACACUCAGAGUCAGACGUGAUGGACGACACAAGCUCCAACCGGAUAGCUGAAGACAGAGGACGCAGCAAGAGGUCGAGCCGGAAACAAGAUAAGGAGGAGAAAGAGUCCGAAAAUCAGAAGGAAGAAUACAGAGCCAAAGAAAGAUCAGCGUCUCCUCACAACAGCAAACCUGUAGAGUCCUCAAAGUGUGACAGAGAUGGUGACAGCGAGGGAUUGGGAAGUGGGGAUGAUGGAGAGGAGGAGUCCUGGUAUCCUAAAUGCAUGGAGGAACUGGUGACCGUAGAUGAAGUCGGAGGAGAAGACGACUCUAUAAUUGAACCUGAUCUACCUGACCUUCAAGAGGAGGACCGGAGAGUUGAGCCCAGUCAGUCAACGACAGAGAGCCCUAAACCAAAUGCAAAGACCACAACAGAAGGCGAGGACACCGUGGUGGACCCUCCUAUCCUUGAACCACUGGAUUUGGUCCCAGAGGAAAGCUCUGGAGGUGCUCAGUCCUGCCCCGGAGAGACGCCCCUGAAGUCAUCUGCCCCAGAGCAGCCCGUCUCUCAACUCAACCAGUUCCCGUCUCAGGAGUUCAAGAGCGCUUUGGAGGAGUCCUGCACCGCCACUGAUAUGGAUACACAGACCAACACAGCCACACCAGCUGGGCCUCCAAACCACAGCAGCACAUGUGAGAGUGGGAAAGUGACAGACUCGAGUAAUGACGAGAGAAAAGCGGCAGAGAUGGACAACAAGGAACCAUGUCUCAAACAGGACAGUCAGAAGAAAGAUAUUCCUGACUCAUUACCGGCCCCUUCACCUCAGACGACAGACAUCUCUGCUGUGUCACCCUCUCAGGAUCAGGAGAAAGCCAUCAGCGAACACAGCAUACCGUUAGGUGUGGAGUUCAUUGUGCCAAGGACGGGAUUUUAUUGCAACCUGUGUGGCUUGUUUUACACCAGCGAACAAACAGCCAAGACGUCACACUGUCGGAGUACAAUUCACUACAGGAACCUACAGAAGUAUCUGUCGCAGUUGGCGGAGGAAAGUCUCUUGAACUUCCACACAGAGUCGCCAAACACUGAUUGAAGCUCAUGUGAGACUACUGGGACUGCACCGCUGCUGGGACAUACUGAAUGAGACACAUCCAUCAAGACAGAGAGACACAACACAAACACAAAGAGGAAGGGAAGGGACACAAGGAGAACCAGAGCAAUUGGAUCCUCUGUGUACUCUAGUACAUAGCAAUGUGAAUUGUAUGAAAGUUUUUCCGAAUUAAAAAAUGGGUUAUUAAAUAUCAUGUUUUAACGGAAUAGUUCACUGGAAAAAAAUGUAAAUGCAUAUUACUUUUUUUUGUCAGUGAAAUACAGUGAUUUUUGUUCCUGUACAGUGGAAGUGAAUGGAGACUGUGGCUCCAAAAUUUAAAAAGAAUCAUAAAAGUACCAUAAAAGUAAUCCAUGUGCAGUGCUGGAUAGUAAGUGAUUACAUGUAAUUUGGAUUACGUAAUCAGAUUCCUAAAAUUAAAUACUUGUAAUUAGAUUAUAUUACAUUUUAAAAUACUUGACUACAGUUACAGACUAGUUACUUUUUAUUGAGUACUUGAGUACUUAAUCACAAAAUAGCAGUAAAUUAUUCAUAAUUCAAUGAUUAUCCUAAUCCUCCCAAUUUUAUCUUUUAACUUUUUCUUUCUAAAAAAGCCUAUUGCUUAUAUAUGUUCAGAAAAUCUUCCAGUUUUGUGGAAUUGCGCACACAAGAGUGGCCAUUAGCUAUAAUUACAUGGAAAUUGAGAGGUCACACAACAUAAACAAGUAAAAUAUUUUUAGUAAGUGUUUUAUUUUGGUUAUUUUAAAAUAUUUUUCUUUUACUUUAACAUUUUAAGAUCUAAUUAAUUAGCUUUUUGUCAAAUUACGAACCCCCUGCAGUUCCAACACAAACCCCAGUUUGAGAAAGCCUGAAGUAUGUUUAAUGCACUUCACGUUGUUGAUAACAAAGAGUCGAAUAAAUUUUCUUUCUCUUUGCAUUUUCAUAUCAAUAUGCUACAAGAUUAUCAUAUUCAAAACAAUGUGAUAAAUGAGUUUUGUCAAAAGUAAUCAAAAAGUAAAAUGUGUAAUGUAGAUUAGCCUACGUCACUAACUACAAUUUUCAUCAUGUAAUUUGUAUUCCAUAAUGGAUUACAGUUUGUAAGUAAUCUACCCAUGAACUGUCCAUGUGAUAUGUGUGCUAUAUUCCUAGUCUUUUGAAGCCAUAUGGAGCUUUGAACUAAAACGAGUGAAUGAAUAAGUUGUGACCACAAUAUCUUUUUUUCCUCCUACGUCAUAAGUGAGGCUCUGUACACUUUUAAAAAUAAAGGUUCUUUAUUUGCAUCUGUUGUUGCAUGAAGAAUCUUUAACAUCCAUGGAACCUUCCCAUUCCACAAAAGGUUCUUUAUAGUGAAAAAGGGGUCUUUAAAUUUUUUAAAUGUUCUUCACACUAAGAAAAAAAAUUAAACUGAAAGGUUCUUUAGGGAACCCAGAAUGGUUCUUCUGUGGCAUCACUGCAAAAACCCACCUUUUGGAAUCUUUAUUUUUAAGAGUGUACUUGACAGCCUCAGUUCCCAUUCACUUUCAUUGUCACUUUCUGCAAAAUAUCUUCAUUUGUGUCCCAUGGACAAAAGAACAUUAUAGAGAUUUGAAGUGACAUGAGGUUGAGACAAUUUUCAUUUUUCAGUGAACUGUCUUGCUAAGUACACUGUCCUUAUUCAUAGGACACAAGGCGGCGUGUGUAUCCUCUGUAGGUCAGGAAGUUUUUUUACACUGUGAAAAAUACAUAUCAGAAUGUGAAAUGCACUGGUAAGUGUAGUGUUUACAUCAUUUGCAUCUGCCUCAUUCAUACUCUAAAGCUUGCAUAUGUGUAGAUUUUCCUUCAGAAGUGCCUUAUUUAAAUUUGUAUUUAAAUUUGAAGAGGUGUAAAAUUAUCCUCAGGUUAAUGUGAAUAUUCUGUUGUAUUGCAUUUUCUGUGGUCAUUUUUUUUCUUCAGUGUUUCAUGUGUUUUUUUCUUCUGUUUCAUGCUUAAAUAUUCACUUUUUUAAAGUGCCUUUUAGGUGGUCAAGUGUAGUGAAUGUCUCAAAAUGCAAAAAAAAAACAAAAACAUUUCAUCAUUGCUGUACACAGAGCUCAGACUUUAGGGAUACUUGAACUGGACCAUGCUUAUUUAUCUAAUAUCAAAUUUAUUUGUUUAAAGAUAAAAAAAACCUGAGUGUGUGUGUGUUAUAAUGUGAGUAUAUUAUUGGAAUGGUUCUGGAAAACUUUUUGUCCGCUGUUUUAUAUUCUGUUAAUGAUAGCAUCCCAUUUUUCUGAAAGAAAAAUCUGUAUAAUUAUUUUGGGUUGCACUGAUGCAAAUAUUGAAUAAACAUUUUGGAAAUAG